UAUAUACUUAGUAACAAUUGCUCAGUUAUGAUGACAGAUAUAUGCAGUUGGAAGAAAUGGGAUCAGGGGAAGGUCUGAUUACAAAACAUUUUGGACGGAGGAAUGCGCUCCCCCAAGAAUGGACUCUCAUAUUGAGAUAUUAGAGAUCACCUCGUCAUCGGCCAUUGUUGACCUUGAUCCUAAUUUCUUCACAAACAAAAUACAAGGGGAGAUAGUGAUGUAUGGAAUGGUAGGAGGAAAUGGACGGGAUGUGGUCAAAAAAGUAAAUGGAAACGAUGUUAUGAAUUUAGGAAGCUGGAGCAAAUUUACAUCAAAUAACAACCAGGGAGCAUAUAGAUUCAUCUUCAACUUGGCACCGAUUGUGAAUGGUAAACUUCGGCUAGAGGUUGGACAAAAUAAAAACUGCAGAAAACAUGAUCUUGAAGAUUUUUGCAAUGGGCCGCUUCCUAGUGGAUUAGAACUAUGGGUAAAGACCUAUGCCUGCACAAGGGUUGCAUGCACUGUGUCCGAGCACUAUGGACCUUUCACAAUCCAACAACUACAAAGCGUCUCGAAGGAUGGUGGUGUGGAUGGGACCUUGAUUGCAUUGCCCAUUCUUAUUGCCAUCCUUAUCCUCAUCAGUAUGUUUCUGGUUCUUUGGUGGCGAGGAGCAAUUAAUCCGCUUCAGUGGAAGGAACGAUUGCUAGGAGUGGGCGAGGAAGAACAGGAACAAGAAACACAUCAAGAGAUUGCAGAGCCCGACAGAUCCAUUCCAAUAGCAACAUACAGCGAGGCCCUUGCUGUCCUUCACAGGGACACACAUCUUCUCCUGUCAGAUCAGUACGAGGAGAUUAAGAGGCGUGCGGGUCGGAUAAAAGGGAUGUCCGCCUUCGAGGCUGCCAACCUUGAACCGAACAAAUCCAAAAACAGAUGGGUCAAUAUUUUGCCCUUCAACCAUAGCAGGGUUAAACUUCAACAGUUGGAUGACGAUGACCCUGAAUCAGACUAUAUCAAUGCUAGCUAUGUGUCUGGCUUUCACCAACAACGGGAGUACAUAGCAACCCAGGGUCCGUUGCCAGGAACGAUCGAUGACUUCUGGCGAAUGGUGUGGGAACAAAACGUCAUGGUGAUCGUCAUGUUAACGCAAUGCAAGGAAGGAAACAUAGAUAAGUGUGAGAUGUACUGGCCGGACACUGUCCAAGAGCCCAAGCAGUACGGAAAUGUUGUGGUCAACCCAACAUCAAUAACCAACAUGAACAAGUUCAACAUCAACAUCUUCGACAUCUCGCACGCCACCGACCAAACGAAGACGAGGAAGGUUCUGCGAUUCCACUACCUGGACUUUAUGGAUUUCACGGCUUCCGUGAAAGUUGAACAUUUCAUUGACUUCGUGCGCACAGUUCGAGUUCACGUGCCGCACGACAUGUCCAACCCUAUGGUUAUACAUUGCAGUGCUGGUGUAGGCAGGACCGGUUCGUACAUUGCUAUAGACCGCUUGCAACAGUAUCUGAACAGUCCAACAUUCAGUUUCAAUGACCGCAUCAACAUUUUCGACAUGGUCAUGGAAAUGAGGGAACAGAGAGUCAACAUGGUCCAGACUGAAUCUCAGUACAUCCUGAUCCAUGACUGUUUUAAAAAGAUGUUGGAGGACAAGAAGAAAUCUCUGGAAACUACACAAUCGAUGAAGGAACUACACACAAACAUUGUUGAUAUUCCACAACCAGGAACAAAAAGACCGAUAUCCUGUUGAGUGUGCGAGCAUGAAUAAACAAAGAACUGGGCUUUGGGCGCCAAUGGACGUAAUUCGGAGUAGAAUCAACAUUACAAUGAUACAUUACUGUACAUACGUUGGCACGUGGAGAAAAAUUACUGUUAAAAAGGUGUUAAUUUUAAGUAUUUAAGAAUGAACAGUUAUUGAAUCGCUUGUCAGUCAUUAGUCAAAAUUAUUUGCCCGAAGUCGGGCAAGGACCAGCUCGCUAUUACGUUAACGACAGGUCGAGGGCACGAGUAUGCUUGCUGCUUCCAAGACCAACGGGAAAUAGUUUUGACAACUGACCGAAAAACCUUCGAAUAAGUGUUUAACUAUAUGACAAUUACCACUGUGAAAUAUAAAUGAUAUUUUUACAACAAUUUAUAUAAAAAUAACUCCAGCGUGCGGUAAACACUACACAAUGUACCGGGCACAGGACAUAUAAGUAUUGUUAUAGUAUAGAGUGACUCCCUUGUCACUAAGCAACAUUUAACAAAUAGAUGUUCCGUAACAUAAAGCACAUAACUCUUAAAUUUCAAAUACAGAUCCAAAACGAACAGGAUUUUUCAAUUAUUUAAGAGUGGAAAAGCAUGGCUAGUUCUGUAAUUUCUUAUCUUACUCUUGAUGUUAUUGAAAAUAAGAAAAUAACAACUAAAUUUAGCAAUGAAAAAAAAUGAAAUAAACCAAGCUUUUACCCACAAGACACGUUUAGUUAUUGAUGACCGUCCAAACAGCAUAUUUUAAGGACUGUCGAUUAAAAAAAUCAUGUAAUAGUGAUAACUAAUAAAGAUGUUAUUGAUUUGCUUAAGAAAGAUAUUAUAUCAUCACUGUGAGUUUUAUUUUGUAUAAUUAAUAAAAUCUUAUAAAAAAUAAAUGUUGUAAUCAUAUGUGUUAUCUUUUGUAUGAAUAAAAGUUCAAUGUAAGAUUAGAACAUUUGAAGCAAGCGUAAAAUACAUUGCGUUAAGAUACUUUUAAGGUUAACACUGUUCUGUGCAUGCUGAUACUGUUCCCAGUAUAAUAGGGUUAUUAGUACUGACGGUUUUGAUCCAGGAGGUUGUAUUCGACUCGAGUGGAAUUUUGCAGCAAGCCGAAUGAAAUAAUAUCUGCAAAAAUCCACGCAGUACUAAUAACCCUUUUAUUAUGUACAUUACUGGCUAGAUCACUUAAAAGCCUCAUGUUUUCAUAAUAAAUGCCAUUUUAACGACGCACUAUUUUGUUUUGUUUUUUGACGUAAUUUUCACAUCGCGCA